GCUGAUGAGGGGGUGGCCGCGGGUCUGUGACCUGGCGCUGGGUCCCCAUGGCUGCUCUGUCCCCCUCGCUGGUGGGUGCGGUGCUGGCGCACUCGGGCCGGCUGGAGAAGGAGGAUCUGGGCUCCCGGAUCGCCCGGCUCUCCCGCCGCGUGGGGGAGCUGAGGGGUGAAGUCUGCAACAUGAUUAACAAGAAGUAUAACGAGUUCCUCCCGAGCAUGCAGAGCGCUGAGGACUUGGUGUCACAAGUGGACAGUCUGUCCGGCAACAUCGACCUACUGAAAUCCAGGAUCGAAAAUGAGGUCCGGCAAGAUCUGAACGUGGCCAUUGCGGAAUUUACUGAACUGAAGCAGCAGCUGGAGCGAGACUCGUUCGUUUUGAGUGUGCUGAAACAGCUACAAGAGUUUGAUAGGGCUAUGAAAGACUAUAGCACCGCAUUACUGGAAAAGAAGUAUGUGGCAGCAGCUCGCCAUCUGGAAAAGGCACGAAGUAGUUUGAAAAUGCUAGAAUCCCGCAAAGGCUUUGAGCUGAAGGUUCUGAAGGCACUAGGCACGGAGCUGACGGUGCAGACCCAGAACAUGCUCUAUCACCUGGGAGAAGAGUGGCGGCAAAUGGUUUUGUGGAAGCUUCCUCCGUCAAAAGGUGCUGAACAUCUUAGUUUGGUUCCUGUUGCUGAGAUGCUGAAGGAAGCUAUUGUUCCCUUAAUCAGCACCAAGAAAUGCAACAGCUCCUGCAUGUACUCUGGUGAGCUCACCCCCAGGAUGCUGUGUGCCGGCUACCUGGACGGGAAAGUAGAUGCCUGCCAGGGAGACAGUGGGGGGCCGCUGGUUUGCCAAGAUGAACUCACCUGA